UCGGAAUCUACGGUCAGUUAAAGUUCGUCGCUUGAUGCGACCGGAGAUCGUUUGUUCGUUUGACAACGCGUUAGAAGGUCUAUUUGGGCAGCAUGAAUCUGUUUCCGGGUGUGGUCCCGAUCCUAGUGACGGUGAUGAUUUUAGGGAUUGACGCCGUUAAACCGUCAUCGAAUGUGGACUUUACGGACGUUGAGGAUCCCGCCGACGAUUCUGGGUUUGUGAAUGUGUACCGGAAUUAUCCGAAGAUCCAGGUGACGGUUGAUACUUCUAAGCUGAAGCGGGUUUCGCAAGCCGAAAGUGAGGAUAGUAGUUCGGGAAGCUCAGGAAGUUCGGGAUCGGAGUCGGUUGAAAGGCCAACGAUUGGAGUGAAAACCGACAUUACUAUUGAAAUAUCAGAAGAAUCAGUGAAUGAAACCAACACCGUGGACGGGAAAAUCGAUACCGGGAAAAGAGUUGGUUCAAAUGGGAAAAAGAACGGUAAGAGUGACGACGAUGACAAUGCAAGUGUACCAGUGUUCAAGGGAAUGGCCGGGGUACCCACGAAGGGGAAAACUCCUAAGCCAACGUCUUCGAAUGACGUGAACGGAAAACGACCGGGAGUUACGCUGAGCAGCAGACCAACAACGUUUGUCCAUAAUAGUGAUGAUCGCAGGCCGUCCGGUCCCCAUGAUGGAUGGAAUCGCUAUCAACCAUUGACAGGAGUUUGGACCACAGAGAGGCCUUAUAUCAGAAGGAUCGAAUAUGAUUAUUAUGGUAAUCCCAUCUACGUGAAGAGCUACGUGCCCUACCAUCAAACUCAGCAGGGCCACCAGCAAGACUCGAGUGGCAACUGGAAACCGUGCUACUGCAGCCCCAACUAUCCACAACCGUGGGACCGCGCCCCGUCAAAUCCGGUUCUUCCGACGCCAACACACCGGCGAAAGGUCGACGAUAAAGUUGACAUCCCCUACAAGCAGCACCGGGAUUAGAUUUAGGUCACAUCCGAAACAAAAUCAUUUUUGUACAUAACAUUGCAAUAAAUGUAUUCUGACGGAUUUGUGA